CAGAUCGCCAGUCCGGGAUUUGCAGGAGCUGCCAGCGGUGUGUGCUUGUGUGUGGUGCGCUGCGCACCCUCUGCUCCUGCCGCCGACGCCAGUGCACGGCAGUGCACCGCGAACAAGACGGCGGCCCCCAGGACUGAGCAGCACAAGCCGCCGCCGUAGGACUACACCUUCUAGAUAGGUGCCAGACAAUGCAUUCUCGCAAUGGCAUAAUUGUUCUCACAGUCCUGGCCACAUUGCUGGCGUCAGCAGUUGGCCAGGGAAUCUUCGGCGGGCAGCUGCCUCCCAGUCGACCAGGAAGACCUCAAAGUAUAACUGGCAUUAUCAACCUCCUGCGUUACCAAAACCAGCCGUGUGAAGGUCGCAACAACCAGAAUGGAACAUGUGUCAGCGAACAGGACUGCAUUGACCGAAAAGGAACGGAAGUCAACAGAUGCGCCAACGGAUUCGGAGUUUGCUGUUACGUGAGCUUCACGUGCGGCAAGUCGACGAGCGACAACGAGACGGAGUUCGUGAACCCCAACUACCCGAACGGCGAGAACGGCACGGACACCUGUCAGGUGACCAUCGAGAAGCAGAACAACGUGUGCCAGCUGCGGCUCGACUUCCUCGAGUUCAGCCUGGCCCAGCCCGACGAGAACGGACAGUGCAUCACCGACUCGUUCAUGGUCCGAACGACGGUCGGAGAGCGCCUGCCCAUUCUCUGCGGAGAGAACGCGGGACUGCACUUGUACGUGGACAUGGGCAGAAGUUCGGGGAAUCCUGUUGUGCUAAGCGUAGUCAGUAAUGGGGACAAGAUGACAAGAAGAUGGCGCAUCAAGAUCAGCAUGGUGCAGUGCAACAGCCUCGACAUAGCUCCCGCCGGUUGCCUGCUGUACUACCGAAGCCCUAGCGCUAUCGUGCGGAGCUUCAACUACGGUCCCAUGGUGGAGCACAGGGUCCGUUACUUGAGCAACCUCCGCUACUCCAUCUGCAUCCGCAUGGAGGAGAACUACUGUUCCAUCAAGUGGGAGACCGAGUCCAACUCGUCCUUCUCGUGGGGCAAGCCAAUCGACCGAGGCGCCAACGGAACCAUCUGCAACAUGGACGACUUCGUGGGCAUUGACCAGGGCUCGACGCUGGGCCUUGGGCCGGGACAGGAUCGCUUCUGCGGUACUAGUCUCGGUGAAGAGAACGUCAUCAUAUCCAACAGCAAGCCCUUCACGUUGAAGGUGAAGAGCAACCACGCCUCAAGUGACAACGCCAUGAACGGCCAGUACGGCUUCUCCUUACGCUACACGCAGCUACCGUGUGUCGUCUAGCACGAAGCCGUGCCGAGCUCUUCGAGUCACCGCGUUUUCCUGUCAUCCUU